AUGCAGCCCAAUUUCUCCCGCGGCUUUCCCUCAGCCGCCCAGCGCUCUCCAGCCCCGCCCCGCCGCCAUGCGCGAUGCCCGGCGCGAUGGCCCAGCAACACGCCGUGCCCCCCUCAAUACAUGGCUCCUCAGACUCAACGCGCAAUUGCCCACCACAAUGAAGCCGCUCAACGACGCGCCCGCAAGCCUACCGACAAGAACAUCCCGGAUGGUAUAGAGGACCUGAUCAUCGGCGAAGGUGUCCAGCAGUACAAAUCCCUUCAAGACCUGGAAAAACGCCUCGAUGCGGCCGUCGUGCGCAAACGAUUGGAUAUCCAAGACUCGAUUAGCAAGACCGUGAAGAAGUACCGCACCAUGCGAAUCUGGAUCACCAAUACCGUUGAGAACCAGCCAUGGCAGGGGGCUGGCAACAACCCAGGCUCCGGUCGGUACAAAGUACGCAUUGAAGGUCGAUUGCUCGACGACAACAGCGACCCCACUGCUCACGAGGACGCGGAAGACGCGAUGGAGCAGGACAAGGAAGGCGAGCAGACUGAGAAAGUCGCGAAGCCGUCUCGACGCUUUUCACAUUUCUUCAAGAACAUCACCAUUGACUUCGAUAAGCCCGCCAAUGCUCUUCCAGACGAGGUCAAGCCUAUCAGCUGGAACAAGCCUCAAAUCCCACCCGAUGCGACGUCAGUGCCCGACAAUGCCGAGUUUGAUUGUAUCAACUUCGCGCGGAGCUCGCAAGAAAAUCUGAACAUCACCUUGAACUUGGUACGGGAUGAGGUGCCCGAACGGUUCAAGCUCAGCAAGGAGCUCGCGGAGGUGCUUGAUGUCGAAGAGGAGACACGGAGCGGUAUUGUGCUCGGAAUUUGGGACUAUAUCCGCGCGAUGGAGCUACAAGAAGACGAGGAGAAGCGCACAGUGCGCUGCGACCACCGUCUACGCUCUAUCUUCCAUCGCGAGCAAAUGUUCUUCCCUCUCAUCCCAGACAGCAUUGCAGCCCAUACCAGCCCCAUCGACCCUAUCAAGCUCCCUUACACUAUUCGCGUCGACGAGGAGUUUCACAAGGACCCUACCCCUACCAUCUAUGAUAUCCAGGUCGCUGUUGACGACCCUCUCCGUGCGAAGAUGAUCAGCCUCCUCCAAAAUCCCGAGUACACCGCCGGUAUGCGUAAGAUCGCUGCCUUGGACGACCAACUCGCCCUCAUCACGCAAGCCCUGCAGCAUUCUCGCGCCCGCCACUCUUUCUUUACUGCGCUGAGCAAGGACCCAGCUAACUUUGUCAGGCGCUGGGUUAACUCCCAACGUCGCGAUCUCGAGACUAUCAUGGGCGACAUCGGCCCUGGAGGUGACACCAACGGCCCCGAAUUUCGCCGCGGAGGUGAUGGCAGCGUUUGGGACACCGAUGUUGCAAGAGAAGCUGUGCGGUACAUGCUGGCUCGACCUGAUGCCGCAGGCGCUCGAUGA